GGAAAGAAGUUUAACAAUGAAAUUUUUAAUUUUCGCGUCAGUUUUUUUGAUUGCCUUCAAUGGCAUUUCGUGUUACGAUUACGAAACCGCCAUCCAAGGAGUCAUCAACGAGAUAAACUCCCAACUUGACAGUCUCUCAAAUCUUUUUAGCAAUUAUUUUUUCACAAAUCCUCAAUACGCUCAACAAUUCGCUCAACUUCCGCAAAAUCUCGUCUCAAAUCCCGAAGCAUUUAAUCACGUCGUGAACCUUCGUCAAAAUUACUCCGACGUCGUUGCUUCUUUAGACGCGACAAUUUUAAAGACUCGCAAUUGUGUCGUCGACAAUAUUCAGAGCAAACAUGCCAUCGUCAACUCCAAAUAUAACGUUAGCGCUCAAGCAGCUGGAAAUAUUGAAAAAUUAUUAAAAUCCAAAAAAUGCACGAAUGGAAUCAUAAACGGAUUUUUUAAUAGAAAAAUCGAUGAGAUAAAAAAUGGCGUGAAAAAUGAAAUUUACGAGAUUCGCGGUUCGUACGAACGAAUGAUGUUCAGUGACUUUGUGCCAUUUUUCAUGAUUGAUCAACUGAUGAGGGAAAUGGCGAAAUGUGCGACGCCAACUACUGACGUCGAUGCUGUUGAUUGUUUGACAAGAAAAGAACAACUCUACCAAGUCCCAAUCGUGGAUUUGAUCGAAAACUCAUUUGAACGAAUGAAGCAAACAUUUUUGGAUUGGAACACACAAAUCACGAGCAACUUGCUGCAACAAGUCGAUCAAGAUCUUUUGCGAGCUUAUCACGAUGGCAUGAAUCUCGCAUGCAAAAAUCAAAUUUUCAAGUAAAAAUUGCGUCACUUAAAAAUUCUGUUUAAAAAAAAUUAGCGAGAAUAAAUAAAUUAAAAUGGUCUGUCUGACACAAAUUUUUCAAUUAACACAUUUUUGUAAGACAUUCCGAAUAAAAAAAUUGCUGUUUAUGCGGAAAAUAGUCUAAAAAGCGCGUGUUUUAAAGAUUUAUUGUCUCGAAGAAGAAAAAUUUUUGUUUAAAACGUAAACAUUU